UGUUUGGACACGUUUUUGCGAGGCAUUGAUUGGACGAGUGAUGCAAUUGUUGUUGUCUUUGCGUAAACUAUUAAAUUAGAGACCAAUUUAGUGAUCGAUUCACAUAAUGCCCACAAUUAACGUCAAUCGGGACCAACUGUUCAGACUCUUGGACACACAGUUCACUGAGGAAGAAUUUGAUAACUUGUGCUUCGAGUUUGGCAUAGAUUUGGACACACAGUUCACUGAGGAAGAAUUUGAUAACUUGUGCUUCGAGUUUGGCAUAGAGUUGGAUGAAGUGACAUCAGAGAAGCAAAUAAAGAGCAAAGAGCAGGGAAUGGACCGCUCGAAAGGCGCUUCAGAGGACGUGUUAUAUCGGAUUGAAAUACCAGCCAAUCGUUAUGAUUUGCUGUGUAUUGAAGGUCUGGUUCGGGCGCUUCUUAUAUUCCUCGGAAAGGCUGAAAUACCCGAAUAUCGGUCCGUUGAGCCCCCGAAGGGAAAGUUACAACAGCUUAUAGUCCUUCCAAAUACAAUGCAAGUGCGUCCCUAUGCUGUGGCAGCUAUUCUUCGAGGCAUUCAUUUCACUCAAGAAAUAUACGAAAGUUUCAUUGAUCUGCAGGAAAAACUUCACCAAAAUCUUUGCAGAAAGCGAUCACUUGUAGCGAUUGGUGCUCACGAUUUGGACACAAUUAAGGGUCCCUUCUUUUACGACGCGAGAGUUCCCAAUGAUAUCAAAUUCAGACCUUUGAAACAGACCAAAGAAUACACGGCCACAGAACUCAUGGAUUUAUAUUCUACUGACGAUCACUUGAAACCAUUUCUGCAUAUAAUAAAAGACAGUCCCGUCUAUCCCGUAAUCUAUGACCAAAACAAUGUCGUGCUAUCAAUGCCUCCCAUUAUAAACGGCGAUUUCAGUAAAAUAACGCUCAAAACUAAGAAUAUCUUCAUUGAAAUGACUGCAACGGACUUACAUAAAGCUCAACUAGUUUUGGAUACAUUUGUCUCAAUGUUCAGUGAAUACUGUGAGCAAAAGUUUACUGUUGAAAGUGUUGAAGUGACCCAAUCGGACACAUCUCGGGCUUUAUUACCAGCAUUGAAAUAUCGAGAGGAAACUGUUUCAGUUGAUUACAUAAACACAAAUUUGGGCAUUAAACAAAAUGCUCAACAGAUUAGCAGAUUAAUACAACGAAUGAGUUUAGGCGCUGAAGUAUUGUCGGAUCAGUUGAUUAAAGUGCGAAUCCCUCCUAUCCGUCAGGAUAUACUUCACGCUUGCGAUAUAUUAGAAGACGUGGGAAUCGCUUACGGAUAUAAUAACAUCGAGUUCACUGUUCCCAAAACCCAAACCAUUGGUCAGCAGUUUUUCAUAAACAAAGUGACCGAUCAGUUGAGAUACGAGAUCGCGAGAUGUGGUUAUACAGAGAUCCUUACAUUUUCUCUUUGCUCUCGCGAUGACAUCGGAGAGAAAAUGAGACGAAAGGAUUCCCUCUCGAAAGCGGUUCACAUAUCGAACCCCAAAACGUAUGACUUUCAAGUCGGACGCACUUCACUAUUGCCAGGACUUCUCAAAACCGUUUACUCUAACAAAAAUAUUCCUCUUCCGCUCAAACUCUUUGAAAUUUCUGAUGUUAUUCUUAAAGACGGUUCUGAAGAAGUGGGCGCUAAGAAUGAGCGCUAUUUGUCUGCUAUUCAUUACAACAAAAACCCUGGUUUUGAGAUAAUUCAUGGAUUGUUGGACAGAAUUCUACAAGUUUUGGAAAUUCCCUUUUCUGCCAAUAAGGGCGGCGCCGGAUAUUUCAUAAGAGCUGCAAAUGAUUGCCGUUUUCUGACGGGUCGUUGUGCGGAGAUUGUGGUCAACGACAAAGUGGUUGGAGUAAUGGGUGUUUUGCACCCGCAAGUGAUCACUAAUUUCGAUCUGUCGCAGCCCUGCUCUGCACUCGAAUUGUCUCUUCAGACUCUUAUUUCCAAUCAAUAAUACAAUUAUUUAUUUACAAUAUUUUGAAUAAAAACAAAAUAAACUUAUUAUGAAAAGAA